CUGUCAAACUUGUAGUGUCAUCUUCAUCUCUGUCAAUUCGUCUGUUUUGCAAUGACCCAAAUUGCAUAGAAUACACGUAAUAUUUGCAUUUAAAACUAUCUCCCUUAGAAUUAGAAAUGAAUCUAAUACGGAAACUCGUAACAAAUAUAGCGAACAAGGAGCGACGAAGACUGUUUAGACCACCUUUAUUUCGGAACACCCAUAGACAACUAUCUUCCUGUGAAACUCCCACAGAGCAGAUAGACAGACCUCUUUUCUUUGUGCCGAGGGGGAACUUUGGCCAGCCAACAUGUCAUACACAUCCUCAUUUGAUAUCUGAAGAGCAUCUGACUUGUGGCAUAUCUCAGGCAGAGUAUAAAGAAAGGCGGGAAACUUUGGUCAAGAAAUUAGCGGGAGAAGCGGAAAACAUACAUAAAUCACAUAUUAUAGUAAUACCAGCAGCAUCCAGACAAUACAUGUCAGACAAGAUACCGUAUGUGUUCCGUCAGAAUUCAGACUUCUUCUACCUCACUGGGUGCCUGGAACCAUCCGCUGUACUAGUAAUGAUAAAGCCACCACAGACUGACAAGUUUAAGAGUAUCCUAUUCGUACACGACAAGGACGCACACGCAGAGCUAUGGGAGGGCCCUCGGACAGGCUGCGCGGCCGCAGCACGGCUGUUUGCCGUCGAUGAGUCCAGACCAGUGGAGAACUUUCCCACCUUUUUGAAUAAUACUGUCUACAGGUUAACAGCUACAUCCAAGCCAGCGGUCCUGUGGUACCACAGUGACAAUCCCGCCAACCCUGAGCUUCAUACCACGGUCCAAAGUACACUGAGAGGUGACACUACCCUGGUACGGAAUGACCCACAGAAGGCACUGCAUUUCAUGAGGGUUAUCAAGUCCCCGGCAGAGAUUGAGCUGAUGAAGGAGACGUGUUAUAUUGGAUCCCAGUCUAUUAAUAUGGCUAUGGCUUGUACUAAACCGGGCAUGUCAGAACACAUGGUGAACGCGAUCCUAGAGUACACGUGCAAGCAGGGCGGCGCGGAGCACCUCGCCUUCCCGCCGGUGUGUGCCGGGGGCCCGCGGGCGACACACAUACACUACGUCGCCAACAACCAGCUGCUCGCGGGGACUGAGAUGCUGCUGGUAGACUCAGGUAGUCAGCGCUGGAUGUACAAUUCGGAUGUAUCCCGCACGUGGCCGGUCUCCGGCAAGUUCUCCAAGCAUCACCGGAUAUUGUACGAGAUCGUGCUCACUGUACAGAAACGUCUAAUCGAGAUCCUAGGCGAGCAGCGUCCGGCUCUAGACAAGUUGUUCGACAGCAUGUGUCGGCUACUGGGGAAAUAUUUACAGCAGGAAGGCAUAUUACCACAGAACGUGGAUGGACAGGAACUGCUGGGGAAAGCCUACCGCCUGUGUCCGCACCACGUGUCCCACUACUUGGGCAUCGACGUGCACGACUCGUCGCUCGUGCGGCGCAACGUGCCCGUCGCUACCAACAUGAUCGUCACUGUCGAACCAGGUAUCUACAUAAGUCCAAACGACACAACAGUGCCAGCAGAGUUCCGAGGCGUCGGCAUCCGAAUAGAAGAUGACGUGCUCAUCACUGACGGGGACCCGCUCGUCUUAACCGACACAUGCAUUAAAGAGGUAUCGGAUAUCGAGGCUCUGGUCGGCAAGCAAAGUGUAUGAGAACGGCUUCAAUACUUAAGGGUUGCUACUUUAAUGGCUAGUUCCACUGGUUGCUGAUAAAGUCUCUGUUAAAGCCAGGAACAUAUCUGACAGAUAAACUAAAAAUUCUGGUUUCAAAAUUUCUGGCAGAAAUUGUAAGCAGCCUUUAUCUGGCAGAUAGCAUUAACUAUCAGAUAACUAACUGACACUUUAUCGGUAACCAGUGAAACCCGGCUUAAAUAUUUAUAGGAAAUUGACUAGGAAUGGUUAAAUACCUACGUUUUUGUGUAGGGUUGCUAUGUUGCCAGAAUUGGCCUUAGAGAUUUAGUUGCCAGGUGUGAAAAUGUGUGUCGUGAGACAAUCGGACUGCAAGUCUUCCGAAUAUUAGUUAAAGAAGUAGAUCAAUAGUGUGUAUGGGUGAUUAUACUUUUAAAUCUUGUAGAAACCUCUUAGGAAUAGUUGGAAAUACCUUGCAAGGAUUCUCUAGACUAGAUCAUAUGCCAAGCCUUUUCCCAACUGUCAGUUGGGGAUUUUCAAUAAUAUAUUGGCAGCUAAUGUAUUGAUAUAAUUGAGGACCUGAAUUUAUUUAAGGUCAAGAUAGUUAAAGCAAAGCAUAAACAGGGUCAUUCAACUCAUAUUUUUUUCAUAAUUAUUUAUUCCUUUUAAAAUGGUUCUAACGGCCGAAAAAAAAUUUUUUACAUGCUGACCAACUUCCGUGCAAUAAUCCAUUUUUUAGUUUUAGGUGCUAAAUAGCAAAAUUGCUUGACUUGCUCCGAUUUAAGGUAGCUGUAGACUUAUCCGAGCUGAACGACGAGAUUAAGAAAUUAUUUACGAAUAAAAGCUGUCAACGAAAAGCAAAUAGAAACGAUUUUCGGCGCGCUCGGUACGAAUAAAUGUGCCCUCAAUAGGACCCGUUGGACCAUACUGUGUCGAUUUGUCGCCCAACUUGCUGCCAGUUACCACAAAAUAGUUGUUCAUAAACCUAGCGCAAAAAUGUACAAUAUACCUACGUGAUACUUUUGAAAUAUUUAUUUGGUAGCGUUCAAGCGCAUUAUAUACUUUCCUACUGUUCAUAAGUUGUACAGACGAACACAAAAUUCAUGUUCCUUUGUAAAUAGAAAUUGUAAAUAGGAUAAAUAAAUGAAAUUGUUGAAUUGCA